AUGGCCGACAUUCUCUACCUGGAGAAGAAAUCGGAAGCCUCUAAGGUAGCGCCGACCAACGUCGCCCACGAUGUCGAAGAUGGAGUCAUUCACGCGACCAAGGAUGACAAUCACGACGUCGAAGAAGGAAUCCAUCGCCAAGCGAAGCUGAGCCGUGGCUUGCAAGGUCGACAUAUGCAGAUGAUCGCAAUCGGGGGGUCAAUUGGUGCUGGUCUCUUCGUGGGUUCUGGUUCAGCCUUGCAGUCUGGGGGUCCGGCCUCACUGGUGCUCGGAUUCGUCAUCAUCGGUGCCAUGUUGCUUUGCACUGUACAAGCCCUCGGCGAAUUGGCGGUUUUGUACCCCGUCAAUGGAGCCUUUUACGUAUACGGGGUGCGAUUUAUCGACCCUGCCUGGGGUUUUGCCAUGGGAUGGCAAUAUGCUAUCGGUUGGCUGAUCACACUUCCCUUCGAAAUCACUGCAGCAGGCAUAACGAUCGACUACUGGCAUCAUUACAAUAUCGGUAUCUGGAUUGCUGUGUUUCUCGCUACCUUGAUCAUUGUCCAGUUCUUUGGUGUCAAGGGCUACGGAGAAGUCGAAUUUGUUCUUGGUGUAAUCAAGAUCCUUGCUGUCUUAGGAUUCAUCAUCUUUGGCAUCAUCGUUGACUGUGGCGGUAUCCCUGGCGAUGACCGUGGAUACAUCGGCUUCAGAUACUGGGACGAUGCCGAACAUGGCAACAAGGCUUUCCGUAACGGCUUCAAGGGCUUCUGCUCUGUCUUCGUCACUGCCGCCUUCGCAUAUGGGGGAACUGAACUUGUUGGCCUCGCCGCCGCUGAGGCCGCCAACCCAAGGAAGUCGCUCCCAAAGGCCACCAAACAAGUCUUCUGGCGCAUCGCAGGUUUCUAUGUUGUCUCGCUGCUCAUCAUGGGCAUCAUUGUUCCCAACAGCUCCCCCGACCUUCUCAACUCCUCGGGCGCAAACACUAAAGCCUCCCCCUUCGUGCUUGCCAUCAAGUACGCUGGUGUCAAGGGUCUCCCUUCGGUGUUCAAUGCUGUUAUCACCAUUUCCGUCAUGUCAGUGGCAAACUCCUGUACGUACGGCUCUACCCGCACCAUGCAGGCACUGGCUCAGGGCGGCAUGGGUCCCCAGUUUUUGGCGUGGAUCGAUAAGAAAGGCCGCCCCGUGUGGCCUAUUGUCAUCCAAAUGGCAUUCGGUUUAUUGGCGUUCAUUAACGAGGCCGCCACUGGUGCGACGGUCUUCAAUUGGCUGCUCGCCUUGACGGGUCUGUCGUCGUUCUUCGUCUGGGGCUCCAUCUGCUACAGCCACAUCCGUUUCCGUGCCGGAUGGAAAGCUGCCGGCCGCUCACUCGAUGACCUGCCGUUUAAGUCGCAACUGGGCGUGUACGGGUCUUGGGUCGGCGUGUCACUCGUCGUGCUGUGUUUGGCGGCAACAUUCUAUGUUUCCCUGUUCCCUCUCGGCGGCGAUCCGGACCCUGAGACGUUCUUUGAGAGUUACAUUGCCGCGCCGAUAGUCAUGGCACUGUUUGCCUUCUGGAAGCUUUGGACCAGAGAUACGUCUUUUAUGGUGAAGAUUCGUGACAUGGACCUCGACACUGGAAGGAGGGAGUUUCAGGAUAUCCCAGAGGAUGAAGAGCCAGAGAGGAAGAUGAGCGUUGGCAGGAGACUGAGCAGAGCGAUCUUCUAA